UUGAGGUUAUAUUAUCCCUUUUAGGAUACUUUACUUAUUUUGCCACAACUUUUCAAUGGCAGAGGCACAUAUUGGAUUUUUAUACAAUGCCGCAUCUACCUUUCUUCAGACUGAAAGAAAUGAAACAUACUCUAUAUUGAGAAGUCAUUAUUUAAUGAGAUGCAUGCAAGUAACAAAAGGGUAUGGAUUACCAGAGAAGCACUUUUCGUCUAAAACUAGGUGUCCUCACUGUUGCACAGAAUGGCAAAGAAAUACAAUUAUAAAGGUCAAACCUAUUAAACUAAGUAAAAGGCAGAAGAAAAGAUUAAAAUCCCGGAAGCCUACAGCUCAAAACCCCAAUCCUAAAUCUUUAUUACAUAGUAAUGAAUUGGAAAGACUAUGCACAUUCUGCAAGCAUAGCACAGUGACAAUAGUUUUAAAACCUGCAAAGGAUGGAACUUCAAAAACUAAAGAUGAGAAAACUCCUGUAAUAGCACCAGAUAACACACCCAAACAAAAUAAACAGAAAGCCAAACAAGCCGCUGAAAAGAAAGCUGAAACUAGUAUUUAUUACAAUGCUAAAGAAGUGUUCACACUCAAAAACAAAAAUAAUGCACUGGCCAGUACUAAACCAAAUAAAGUAAUAAAGAAUAAUAAAAAGAAAAAAGACAAGUUUGCUGGUUUAUGCAAGCAAGCUGUUCUCACAUCUGCAAAAUUAAAGGAAGCUAAGGAUAAGGGCAAGGACUCAUUGCUAUCUAAAUUUCUGAAGACAUCUUCAUAAGUAAAUAAAAUGAUAUCUAUUUGCA